GCCCCCAUCGGGGCCGAAGAUGCGCUGCCCUUGGACGACGAGUGCAGCUCUGGCCAGUGUGCCGUAGGGCUGCUCCAGAAGUUCCAGCGCACGGAGUACGGCGACGAGUGGGUUCGGCUCAUUGAAGGCAGCGAGUGCCCCAGCGGCGGCAGCAUUCCCUGCCAGAUGGCGGGGGGCCUGCGCCACUUCAGGUUCCCUGCUGGCGUCUUUGCAGUUCCGCGGCAAGUCUCGGUUCCCGAGAACACCAUCCUCGAGGGGGUGGCAAACCCCAACGGCGGGGGCCCGCAGACGAAGCCCGACUACAGCGGUCAAACGGUCUUCGUCGCCAGCGGCGGGGUGUCCGACCACAACGUCUGCUACUGUCAGAACUUGGAGCGAAGCUGGGAACCGCUGUCGUCUCGAAAUCCGUAUCACUGCCAGCAUCUGACCAACGAGGAGGUCAAGAAUCUCCGGCCCGGGUUCCUGAUGUAUUCCAACACCGUGGUGAAGAACAUCGCGUACCAGGGGAAGGACACCCUCCGACCUUCCGACAAUGGCGCGCUGUGCGGGGGCGGUGUGUUCGAGACACCCGGUUGCGUGCACAACCAAUGUUUGUUUCCGCACCUGAUGACUGGGAAUGGCCAGCCUGUGAGCAACGUGAAAAUUGAGAACAUCAGGAUGAAUGAUUAUUCGGGUGAUCCAAUCCUCGCGAGCCAGCUGGCAGUGUGGGUCGCGCAGACACGAAACGAGCAGGUGCCUACACGAAACGUUCAGGUGAAGAACCUGGUGGCCAUGUUCCUCCACGCCGACGGAAUCAACUUCCACGGCUUUGUCCAGGAUGCCCGGGUGGAGGACACCUACAUUCAAAACACCGGCGACGACAUCUACGCCGUCUGGGGCAGCCGCUUCGACACGCGGAACAUCGUCUUUGAGCGCUGCGUGGGUGUGGAUGCGGGCCGUGCCCGGCAGAACCACUACGGCAGCUGCGUGGCGGUGUACGGCGCCAAGGAGGCCACCUUCCGGGACAUCACCUGCUAUGCGCCGGAGCAGAACCGCCACGACUGCUACGACGGCAAGAACGGGGGCGAGACCUGCAACGGAUGCCUGGGGAUCAUCAAGCAGAGCUUCGAUGCGAACUACCGUGGGUCCGUGCUCCCUGGGCUGCGCAGAUUAGGGGGGAGUUUAGGGUUUAGGGUUUAG